GGAAGCGAGUAGCCCAUCCGCCAUUGUGGAAUUGAGUGUAAGGGAUAUAUAGCAAUCUGGCAUCAGGCAGUUAAAGAGUGAAUGAUACUUAAUAGGCAAACGUUAACUAUAUCGGAAACAUUUUACAUUAGUGAAAGUCGCGAAUCUCGGCGCUUGAGAAAGCUUGUGGAGAAAGAUUUGACGAUUGAAGAAAAAUACCGCCUCUACGUACAGAGAGAGAUUGGAUAACCCGAGACGAGCAGAGAAAAAUACCGGAGUGCAGAAGCAGGAGAAACCGUGGACAGUCACAAACAGCAAUCAGUUUCGGCUCCUGGAGGAUGUCUGCGACCACAGUCGACCAGAGACCCAAAGGACAAGGAAAUAAAGUGCAAAACGGAUCAAUGCAUCAGAAGGAUGGAGUAAACGAGGAUGAUUUUGAGCCUUACCUUAGCAGCCAGACAAAUCAGAAUAACAGCUACCCACCAAUGUCCGACCCAUACAUGCCCAGCUACUAUGCUCCCUCCAUUGGCUUCCCUUAUUCCCUGGGGGAGGCACCCUGGUCCACCGCCGGUGACCCCCCAAUGCCCUACCUAACUACGUAUGGACAGAUGAGCAACGGCGAACACCACUUCAUCCCAGACGGGGUGUUCAGCCAGCCUGGUGCUCUAGGCAACACCCCUCCCUUCCUCAGCCAGCACGGCUUCAACUUCUUCCCCGGGAACGCGGACUAUUCCACCUGGGGCACAAGCGUCUCUCAGGGCCAGUCCAGCCAGAGCAACGCCUACACGAACAGCUACGGUUACACACCCAGUUCCCUGGGGAGAGCCAUAGCGGACGGACAGGCGGGCUUCGGCAGCGACACCCAGAUUGGCAAGAUGCCGGUGCUGAGCAGCAUCGAGCAGGGCAUGACCGGGUUGAAGCUGGGCACGGACAUGGGCGCCGCCGUCACCAAGACCGUCGGCUCGCCCCUCGGCGGCACGCUGGGCAUGAGCAGCGUGGCGGCCAACAGCUUGCCCCCGCUGGUCAGCCCCUCCGCCCCCAAGCCCACGUCCUGGGCGGCCAUUGCCAGGAAGCCGGCCAAGCCCCAGCCCAAGGUCAAACCCAAAGCCAGCAUCGGAGUGGGGGGCCCUGCCGUCCCACCCCCGCCCAUCAAGCACAACAUGAACAUUGGCACCUGGGACGAUAAGGGCCCCCUCAACAAGCCCCCCUUAACCCAGGGCAUGAUGCCCCCCCACAACAUGGUACAGCAGCAGCCUCUGAUUGGCCAGCCCCAGCCCCUGCUCCAGAGCCCCCUGACCCACCAGCACCAACAUCAGCAGCAUCAACCCUUUCAGCUCCAGUCCCUCCAGUCCCCACAGCACCCCCAGCAGAUGCCCCCGGGCCCGCCUCACCCCCAGCAGCACCCCCACCAGAACUUUUCCCCCCAGCCCGGACCCCCACAACCCAUGCAUCAGCACCAACACCCCCUGCCCCCACUGCAGAGCCGUUGGGUGGCCCCGCGUAACCGGGGCACCUUCAGUCAGGGAGGGGCGGAGGGCUUUGGGAUGAGUGUCGGCGGAGUCCCCCUCAGUGCCUCCCCUUGCUCCGGGGAGGUGCACCCCGUGUUGGAGAAACUGCGGGCCCUCAACAACUACAACCCCAAAGACUUUGACUGGAACCUGAAGAACGGGCGCGUGUUCAUCAUCAAGAGCUACUCGGAGGACGACAUCCACCGCUCCAUCAAGUACUCCAUCUGGUGCAGCACGGAGCACGGCAACAAGCGGCUGGACGGGGCCUUCCGCUCGCUGGGGGCCAAGGGGCCCCUUUACCUGCUCUUCAGCGUCAACGGCAGCGGCCAUUUCUGCGGCGUGGCGGAGAUGCGCUCGCCCGUGGACUACAACGCCUACGCUGGCGUCUGGUCUCAGGACAAGUGGAAGGGCAAGUUCGAGGUCAAGUGGGCGUUCGUGAAGGACGUGCCCAAUAACCAGCUGAGGCACAUCAGACUGGAAAACAACGACAACAAGCCAGUGACCAACUCCAGGGACACUCAGGAGGUGCCUCUGGAGAAGGCCAAGCAAGUGCUUAAAAUUAUUGCCACUUUCAAGCACACCACCUCAAUCUUUGAUGACUUUGCACAUUAUGAGAAGCGCCAGGAGGAGGAAGAGGCCUUGCGAAGGGAACGGAAUCGAAAUAAACAGUAACCUUACGGGGAUUUCCCUGCUAGAAGAGCAACACUAAUGAUGUAGGACCUUUAAAUAAUUUGCCUAACCACGGAAGAAAGGGUUUUGCCAUCUUUUCUGCUGCAGACAACAACAAGACGAUGCAUCUCGCAACGUUGACACGGCGACGGACUCACCUGUAUGUGUUCUGUGAUGCAUUGCUCUACCCCAGUGUUCCCGUCUCUGAAGAAGAAGAAAGAACAUUACUCACUUUAAACUCUCUCUUUAAGCACUUUCAGUCCUUCUAAAACAGCCUCUACCAAUCCCCUUAACUCUUCAAUAACUCUUGUAUCUUCGUCUCUGGUCUUCAGUAUGUUAGAACUAACUGACUAACCGGUCAACUGUAGUUAGUUACUCUGAGGAUCUCAACAGACCUUAUUUAGUUGUUCUUUUUGUUUGUUUUCCUUUUGUUUAGUUUUUAUACCUCAAAGUUUUGGGAAGGAAAACAUUUAGCUCCCCUCCCCCAUGAACGUUUGCGCCUUCAGAUGAGAUUAAAAGAUGACAUGUAUAACCAAUAUCUUAUACUUGAAUCUGCACUUGGCUUGUGAUUGACAGGUGUGCAGAAAUGCCCCGGAUCACACCAAUCGUUAGAUUCCCCUUAGACCCACCCACUUUGUUCUUGUUUCUGUGUACCAAACGAUGAGGUGAGUUACGCAGUGAGAGCUGGGCUGGGAGAAUGUCAGUUAAUGCACAUGUUUGUUUCCUCUCUUGUGAUUAUUAUAUCAUUCUGAAGUGCAUUUGUCUGAGGAGAAAUCUGCUCUGCAGUAACAGUCGCCUUGGUUACGUGUCUUUUGCUCUCUGAUGUUAACGUACUGUAUUGUACCUCAGGUUGAUGCCUGUUCGGGAAGCUGCAGCAUUAUACAGCGUUCACGCAGAAAACACCUGUGCGGGAAUAGAUAUGACUACCUGUCGUGUACAGCGGGGGAAUCUUGUCAGUUCUACACGUUGUGUUUCUACAUCUGCAACGCUGUGUGAUGUUGGAGCUUACUGAAUAUGUCCCGGGCACUCUGCCUCUGAUGAAUUCUGUAACGCUUUUGGGAUGACCCUCCUCCCCUGUCGUUCCUGGCCCCAGGUAGAAAUUACCCAUUACCACAGGUCUCGGAUCAGAGGCUAUGAAGUUAGCCAUCAGGGGGAUAAAGAUAUAUCUCUGGUUUUGGAUCUGUGGUUAGGAGUAUUGUCUGCUUACUCCCCAUUGCUGCUUUGUAACAGGGUUUUCCCAAAAGUUGAGCAUCACCAAGGAAGUGAGUGUUUUCUCCUCAAGGUGACUCACUAGCUAAGAAUAAACAACACCCAUGUUUAGCGAAA